GGGCGUGAAGGUUUUUCGAUGCUCAACCUGAAAGCUGCCCGUGAAUUGGCAGCUAAGGAGCUGGGUGGCUCUGCUUCGAGCCGCCGAGACGACAGCACUGGGCGCCGAAGCGCCAAGGGCAGUGCUCCAGGCAGCGUCAGCCCUCCACGCAACCGCGAUGAUGCUUUAGUCGUUCGGCCUCAAUUUGCUGUGGGCGAUCGGGUGGAGUAUCGCAGUGAUACCCAUCGGCAAUGGUUGCCUGGGACCGUGCAACGCAUCCGAGAAAAUGGGACGGUCUAUGAUCUCGAUGUGAAAAAAGGAGCUCAAGCAACAAAACUGAGAAGAGCGGAGGACGGUGGUGAUGCAACAGCGAGGCCCUUUCAAGCUGAGCCCGUGACCACAGUCUUCAGGCCGGAAAGGCCUGAGAGGCCUGAGAGGCCUGAGAGGCCUGAGCUUGCGUCUCCACGAGAACCACGGCGCCUGCGGGACUUGAGCAGCGAGCGCGGCGAGCGCGGCGAGCGCAUCGACCGCGAACGGAGACGGAACGAGGAUCUGGAACGAGCCAUGGAAAAGACCGAAGUGCAGGUCCGGCCAUACUUGGAUGCUGCCAUUCGGACACCAGCAGUUCAAGAGGAGGAUCGGAUCCGAAAGAAGGCUCCGUAUCUCCACUCAGAAGAUGAAGAUCCUCCAAGCAGAAAGAAGGAGAUUGGCUGGGCUGCCAGCGCUGGCCGUGAGAUGGCCUCACGUGCUGGUGCUGUCACGGUUCGGAGGAUGGUGGAAACAACCAAACUGCUCCUGCAGAACUUGGAAACGGCUCUGAUGCUUCGUGCUGGCUUUUUAGCCAGCUGCUACCACAGAUGGCAUUUGGAGGUGCAGCUCUCAAAGUUGGAUGCUCAUCACCGAGAGGAGCUGGAACAGCAUCACGAUGCCUGGGCAGCACAUUUCAAGAAUCACCAGCAGAGCUUCGAGGACGAACUUGCUAAGCAUGCGCGACAUCAAAUGACUGCAAAGGAGAAGCGUCAGCAGCAGGCCAUGCUCAUUGUUGACCAGUGGGCCGAGGGAGAUCGCAAAGGACUCUUGCGGAGAGUCUUUCGCUCCUGGUCUCAGUAUGCUAUCCAAGAGCGGUACCUCAAGCGUGCUGCAGCAAAUGUCCACAUGGCCGUUUUUGGCUGGGUGGAGGGCAAAAGCAAGGGAUUGAAGCACAGCUGCUUCCUCUCCUGGCAUCACCAAGCUCAUAGCGAGUCUAUGGUUAGACAAAAAGAGGCUGAGUUGGCAGCAGCCAAAGGCUCCUUUGACAAGGAGAAGGCUGCACAGGAUGCCGAAUUCAUGCGAAAGUUGCAGGAGAUCGAAAGCAAGCGGAAGGACAACACCAGUGGCGUGGAAGCAGUGCUUGCCAGCUGGGCCAAAGGAAAGAGCAAGGGCACCAUGGCGUUGGUCUGGAAGCACUGGAUCACCUGGGCCAAGGACUGCGCACGGCGCGAUCGUCGCCAUGAAUCCAUCCAGCUGCAGCUGCGGAAAUGGGCGGAGGGCGAUCGGCGCGGCCUCAUUCACGGAAUAUGGCUGCGAUGGCGCCAUGAGGCCAAGCAAAACAAGAUGGCUCUGCAGGCUCAGAAGGCAGUGGAGAUGGAGGCCAAAAAGCUUGAGAAGCUUUUGGAAGAUGAGCGCAGGAGGUCCGAGGCUUUGGAGAAGAAACAUGCCAUGUCUGCGGAACAACGGAAAGAAGCCGCAAAGAGGCUGGUGCAGUAUGUUGCUGCCAAAUGGGAGUAUGGAGACAAAAAGGGAACUCUCAAAGGCAUCAUAAAGGGUUGGUGCAGCUAUGUGCAAGACUCGAAGAGUCGCUCGAGACGUCUUCAAGGCGUCCAUGAUGCCAUGCUAAAGUCCUUGCUCGGGGAGGUUCGUGGCACCGCGAAGCUCGCUUUGAUGAAUUGGCAUGGCUUAGCGAAGGAUGAGAAAAGAGUUCGUCAGAUGGAAGACUUGGAGCGAACAGCCAACGAGAGAUUGGACAACUUCAUGAAGGACAAAGAUGCUGAGCAUGAGAAAAUGCUCAGACAAGCCUACAACUCCGUAGAUGCCAUCAAGGCCAAAGCUCACCAUGCCACACAGAUGGUCUUGAGGAGAUGGAUGGGAGGCGACAGAAAAGGGAUUCUCUCACAGUUCUUCCAGGACUGGCAGGAAUACGUUAAGGUCAAGAUCCAAUCGGAUGCACAAAAGCAGAGUGUCAAAGACUCUGUGAUGCGAUUCAUUGAGGGGGACCAGCGUGGUUCCAUGCACUCUUGCUUCCUGGGUUGGAUGAACUACGUCCGAUUCGAACUGAAGCAUCACCGUUUGGCGCAACAGCAGCAGAAGAAGCUGGAGGACAUUGAGAUGCAAAUGUCCAAGAUGCAACAGAAGCGCGAACACCAAAUGAUGAGGUGCGCAGAAGCUUUUGCCAGUAAAGGGAGCGUGCUCAAGGGCAUGGUGCUUCGACAGUGGCAUGAGCAAAGCUCAGGGGAGAAGGCCAAGCUGGAAGCAGAGCGCGAACGGCUUGUCCACCUGAAGGAGCUUGAGGCACAGAAGGAACAGGCAGAGGAGCUGCGCAAAGAGCGCAUUGCUCGGGCACUGGAUGGCAUGGGUUGCCGGCGCACUCGUGUGGUUCUGACCGAGUUCUUCUCUGCCUGGGCCGCUCUCUAUGACAAGGCCAAACUGGAUCAAAUGUAUCGCUUGGAACACAACGAGCAGAUGCUGAAAUAUUCGCAGUUCAUGCUGGGGCAGAAGUUCCGCAAGGAUGCCAAGGCCCUCCAGGCAGAGGUGUUCUCUGCAUGGCAUGUCCACGGCAGAUUCGCAGCCCACGAGUUGAACCACGAAACCAUGGAGGAGCGCUUGGCUAAUGCCAACUCCGAUAUCCAGCAACUGGAGCAUCAUUGCGCUGACCUCCAGGAUGAGCUGCAGAUGUAUUACCAGCAGAUUCGGGAUAUCACCAACACGCUUCAAAAGGAGCUCCAAACAAAGGAGGAAUUGGCCUCUGAGCUCCGUGAUGCCUAUGAAAAGCUGCGCAACAGCGCAAAGGUGUCCAUGCCAGUGAUGGGUGAUACUGGUCGGUCGAGAGGUAGUAGCGUGGAGCCACGUCGAAAGGAACCCACCCCGCGGAGUCAGCGCACACCGCGUGGGGUGGAGCCGGUCGUCACGGUCGUCACCAAGGGCACUACGCCAACAGCGCCGGCGACAGCUGGAAACAAACGAGAAACUUCCGCAGUUUCAUCGGCCUCCACAGCACCGACUUUGCCACGAAGAAUACCACGCGGUGAUGAGGACUCACCGUCCAAGUGUGACUGGCGAGCAGCAGUACAACGAAUGAAUGAGGAGGGCCUUGUGCAUUUAGAUAGUUAGCCAUUUAGAUAGCCAGUCAACCAAGAAAAACCUGAUUGGUAUGUAAUUGAUGCGCUGCAGUUGGCGCAUCUCAAUCAAUUACUGCGUACUUGAUAUCAUCGAAAUUCUCUGCAAGCAGACUUGGGCCAAG